UGACGUCGCGGAGCGAAGGCCGGAGCCGAAGGAGAUUCAGGUCCCUACCAGCAUAAAAAUGUCAGAUGAUUUGUAUGGUAAGUUCCUAGCACCAGAUGAACCAUUCCCCUUGCUACCACAAAGGGGACACACAAGUGAUGUUGCCAGCCUUGACAUUAGUGAUUUUGGCUGCCAGCUUUCAUCAUGCCACAGAACGGAUCCAUUGCGUAGACUUCAUACCAACAGGUGGAAUUUGACUUCCUGUGGCACAAGCGUAGCAAGCUCCGAAUGCAGUGAGGAACUCUUCUCAUCUGUUUCGUGCGGUGAUCAGGAUGACUGCUAUUCCCUGCUGGAUGAUCAGGAAUUCACUCAGAAUGCAUCUUUUGACCUCUUUCCAGAGGGUAGUGUCUGUAGUGAUGUUUCUUCAUCAAUCAGUACCUAUUGGGAUUGGUCAGACAGUGAGUUUGAAUGGCAGUUGCCUGGGAGUGAUUUUGCAAGUGGAAGUGAUGUCUUGUCUGAUGUGGUUCCAAGUAUUCCAAGUUCUCCUUGCCCUGUUCUAAAGCGAAGAAGCAAACAGCACAGAAGUUUAGAUGAGCUUCCUUGGAGUGCAAUGUCUAAUGAUGAGCAGGUUGAAUAUAUUGAAUACCUGAGUCGUAAAGUCAGUACAGAGAUGGGUCUGCGGGAACAGCUGGACAUUAUUAAAAUUAUUGAUCCAAAUGCUCAGAUUUCCCCUACAGACAGUGAAUUUAUAAUUGAGCUGAACUGUCUAACAGAUGAAAAGCUAAAACAGGUAAGAAAUUAUAUCAAAGAACAUGGUGCCCGCCAGCGCUCUGUACGUGAAAGCUGGAGAAGAGGUAGUUACGCUGGCUGUGGGGUCAGCGGUUUGAGUGGAGCCAGUAGCAGCAGUGGCAGUAUGGUAAGCUCAGCUAGCAGCACUGGAUCCAGUGGCUGUAAUUCUGCAUCUGCUUCAAGUGCCAACAUGAGCCGGGCACACAGCGACAGUAACUUGUCCUCAAGUGCAGCUGAGAGAAUAAGAGACUCAAAGAAGCGAUCCAAACAGCGUAAGCUGCAACAGAAAGCCAUGCGGAAGCGUCAGUUGAAAGAGCAGCGACAAGCAAGGAAAGAGAGACUGAGUGGCUUAUUUCUAAACGAGGAAGUGCUCUCUGUGAAAGUGGCAGAGGAAGAUCAUGAAGCAGAUGUAGACAUCUUAAUGUGACCAACUGUAAAAUGUGUUGAAUUUAAAAGAUAAUCCAUGAUAACACUAUCCAGCCGAAAGACUGGAGCUGAAAGCUUGAGACAAAAGGGGGUGAUUUCCGUUUCCAACUUAACAUUCUGUACCUUAUUUUGUGUUUUUAAGACAUCUCGAUAAGUUUAAUGAAGCUGCUGAACACUAAUUUGUACAGAAAACUAAUGUAGUUAAUAACGUAUCUAAAUGACCUGGCAACAACAAUGUGCUUUUGAAACAAUAUAUUCUCCCAUAGCACUAAUGUGAAGUGCACUAUUUUAGUGGAAAUAUAUUUCCUUAUUUGUGCAUCACUGUGGUAUUUGAAAUAUUGCCUGUGUAAUAUACAUAUGUGUAUUAAGAUAAUUCAUGUUUUGAUGCUUUACUUGCAAAAUAUUAUGUGAAAUCUUUGGAUAGUUUGGCAGUGUUUAAUAAUUGUUGCCACCAGUGGAGUAAUUAUCUGCCAUUACCAAAUUGCAUGAUUAGCUCAGUUAGCUUUUAACAUUUUUAGAGAAAUUAUGCAUUUAUCCACAUUGCACAUAGGGAAUCCCGGCAUAUGCAAAGGCUAUGGCAUAGAAAUUCCUUCCAAGUCCAAUGAUUUCUAUCAGAGAAUAAUUGAUGGAGAAGGAAAGUCGAAAAUGAAUAUUUCUGUUAUUGAAAAUACCUGUCUCACCUCAUAAUUACAGUGGGGAAAAUAUAAUAGUUGGAGCAGAAUUUUGUUGAGAGUCGCAUUUCUUUUUGACGCAAAGCUUUCAAGGUCAAGUUUCCCUCCAAACAGACCACUUGUGAUAUUGUCACUGGGGAAUAAUCUGAAGAGACUAUGUUGAAGACCCAGACCUUCAUAUUGGCUUGACGCCUGUUUCCCAGCUGUGGUAUUCACUCUUGGAUCAUUGAGGAAGUUUCAUUUCAACUCCCAUCACAACCUGCUUUCCAAUAUUACGGUCAGUAGGAAGUUAUAACUCCAAUGAACCAUCACUAUAUGUAUGGAAUGGCGCCAUAUGGGCUGAGAAUGGAAACCAAAUUGAUGAGUCCAACCUUCUGAGACAGUGCCAAUGCUGCUUUUUAAUGAGAAAGUCUUUAAUUUGCAAUGAAGAUGACUUCCCUUCCUCUAACAUUGCUGACUGGCAGCAUCUGUAGAGAGAAAACCAGUUAACCUUUCGAGUCCAGUAACUCUUUGCCUAACCCCUUCCCUCAUGUCUCCCUGGACCCCAGAUUUGUUUUUCUUUGCCACAACAAUGCUAUGUAUGCUGUAUAGUAAAGAGGAGAUAGAUGAAUAAAUGCUGUGUGCAAUAUUUACUAUAAAUUUUGUGGUAGGCCAGUAUAUUACAUGCAGUGCUAUAGAAGAGGAACUGGAAAGUAGCUUAAUAGAAAAUGAAGAGUUGCGAAUGCUGGAGAUCUGAAACAAAAAGUGCUGGAGAAUUCCAGCAUGUCUGGCACCAUUUGAGGAGAGGAAAUGCGUUUUGAGUCCAGUGACCAGAGUUUGUCCAGCACUUUAUGUAGGUUAUUGCGUUAACAACAUGAAGGAAAAGUGUCAAAACAAGUGUGUUGGAUCCAAUAUUAAGCACAGGGGAAUCGAUUAUUCUUGCACACCUUCAUGUGUGAAGGAAAAAUGAUGCAGAGGCAUUAAUUGAUCACGUCAGCUUUCAAUUUUAAAAAGAUAAUUGCUGUGCUCCAAAGAGCAGAAGUUGGUGGCCUUUUUCCUAGUUACAUUGUUGUUAAAACCUUUGCGGCCUUGUAAUUGAUACCUUUUGUACGUAAGCAAAAUGACUUACUAAUGUGUUGAGAUGUUUUAGAUGAGAAAGAUGAAACAAAACCCUUUUGUUUUGCGCGUGCAUUUGUCUGUACUGUAAUUUCUCAUCUAGAUGUAUGGGAAAUUAAUUAUUCCUUCUGGUGGAGUUAUUUUUUGCUUGGGAUGAAGAAUUGGCUGAUUCGGUGUUUUCUUUGAACAGUUCUGAAGGUGAAACUUGGGAAAGGAAUUGUAUGUAAAAUCUCUGUGCGAGAGCAAGAGUAACAAGCUGGCAAUUUGAGAAUAAUAAUAGGUUGCAUAUCAGAGUGGAGUUAUUUCAGUACAUGGCUGUAUCAGAAGAACCAACAACUGAGGUAGGUAGGUGUGGCAGUGUGGCUGAUGUUAACCCCAUUGGAUAGAUUCAUGAGGCUGGUGUCUUCAGGGGAGCAUUGCAUAUGAACAGUUUGCUCCCAGCACAAGCACAGUUGUGAGCAUAGGAGUUACUUUGUCCAGUAACUGGAAUAGUGAAUGUGUUCAGUUGUGGGAUUGCGUUUUAAAAGUCAAACCAGUACUACUUGAAUACUGCUGAAAAUGAGAAACAUUUUGGCAAAGCUUUGUAUCUUGUGCCCAUCAGGACAGAAGCAAGAAUACCAGUUCUCAGUGGGACCUGCAAUUUAUAAUGCUCGAGUGGAAAGGGUAGUGCAUGGCUGACAAGAAAUUUCCUUCGCUGACUCAUCACCCUGUGCAGUCUAAAAUGUUGUUCCCUUUUGAAAUUUAGCGAUCUUCUGUCCUGAGUGCAAGUUAAAAACGUUCAGCAUGUUUCUUUUUUUUAAGCAAUGCUCACACUCUGCACCACUAAUUAACUACUUGAAUACUGCAGAAUCGCUGUUGUAAAAGUCAUGUCUUGUGGUAUAAAACAUAUUGGCAUGAAAGUUCCAUCUUGCAGGGCUGUAUAUAAGUUUGCAUCUUGAUAUUUUAAUGUAAUUUUUGUCACCCUAUUGAAUUUACGAAAAUGUGAAAAUAGUGGCAAUGAUUUCUGUAGUACUGUCUAGCAAUGGGCCAUUCCAUUUUACUAUAUCUGCUGCUAUGCCUGUUCAGAAUUGUACAGUGAUCAUGGUCUUUAAAAAAAACAAUGAAUGCAGGUUUUGGAUUUUUUUUUGCAUUGCAGAAUCUUU